GUGAAGGAAUGGACUGCUCAGUGGGACCUUUCGUCCUAUCGCUUCUUAUAACAGGGGGAUUGAAGCCGAAGGCAGUUAAUCAAAAUGCCUGAGGAGAUAACGGACGGUGGGAGAAAGCUUGUAACGCUCGACGACCUCAUCGAUGUUAUGGAUAAGCGCGAGAGAGCCUCGAGCAAUGUCCCGAAGGUUGAUACUUUCCACUUCAAGGGAGCACGGGUGUCUGACUGGCUGGACCUGACGGAGCAAGCACUGGUGGGGCUGUCGGACGAGGUCAAGCUCCAGCGAGAAGGAGCGGAAGGUGCACGGGAUCUCCGAAGAAACGCAGUGCGCCAUAUUUUUGGGUCCGCUUACUGGCUCGGAGGCCUCGGAGCUGACGGGCACGGAGGGGGAAAUGAGAAACUCACCUGGGCCACUAUCGACAAAGGGGUGGAAGAGGGGAGCCUGGACCAGGUGGAGCAGCACCAGGUGCGGCUGCAAAGGCGCAAGAAAAAGGAAAGGGACGCCACCACGUCCGGGACCCCAGGGGUGAAGAGGAUCGUCACGGACGUAUUGGCAGCGCAAUGGUAUGAUAAUGAGGCGGAAGUGCAAAAGAGGGGAGUGAUCGUGGCCCAAGGCCGGGCGUCGGGGGUAGUGGAAGAGGAGGUUAGGCGCGAGGACUAUGGCGGAGAAGAGAUGGGCUCCCAGAUCCUAACCAAGGCCCAGAGGAGGCAGCGGAAUUUACAAGUGGGGGAUCAAGGAUACGGAAAAGGGCAGGUCCCGCAAGCGAUUGCUGCGCCGCCACCUGCUGUCACGACAACAUCAACGACGGUCGGGCCGUCAUGUAUGGGGCCGCCGCCGGCUUGUGGGCACUGGGUGCCGCAUUGUCAGCCUGCAUCCUGCCCCAGUUGUAAUCACUGCACCUCGUGCGGGGGUAGUCAAACUCACCCCGGGCAAAUGGUCCCUUAUGCGGGCCCAGCGGCAAGUAUGGGGCCCCCGAAGUACCCUGCGGCUCAGGGUCAGUUUGUGGCCCAACCACCUCCCUCCCAACAGGCCUCGCAGGCUAGUGUGGCCGGUGGAGGAAACCAAGGACAAGGCGGACAAGGCAAUGGAGGCCGAGGUCAAGGGGGUCGAGGAGGUGGCGGCCGAGGCCGGGGAGGAAAUGGUGGGGGUUGUGGGGGCGGUUGGAAUGGUCAAAGGGGCCAGAACCGAGCUGGUCGGGGCGACCAGGAAGGGGGCCAAGGGUAUGGGAGGCCCCGCUUUGAUUGGCAAAAUGCCACCUGUUGGCAUUGUGGCGAUGUAGGCCACACUGUGCGGUUCUGCGAGCGGCGGCGGGAGGAUGAAUUGUCAGGGUUAAUCUCCUCCUAUAUGGACGGGGAUAUAUAUGACAAGUGGGGUGAGCAUAUCGACCCCAGGACCCCGGGAGGAAUCAGGCAAGAGGCUCUCCGGCGAGCGGCAGCGGGACCCACAGCACCCCCGACAAUGUUUAGGAUGUGGCAGGAGAAGGAAAAGCCGACCGUAAAAGUCGAGGAGAUUGUAGGGGAUAGUGAGGAGGUCACUCAGCGACUAAAGGCGGGGACUAUAAGGGAGGAGCCAAUAGUCGUCGAAUCGAAUGACAAGGGGCAGAAAGGCGAAGGAGAGCCGACCAUAGUCCUCGUGGGGAGGAUGGAAGACCUGCUGGAAAAGGUGGGAAGACCCCCCACGUCGCAUGGGAGGGUGCCGCAGGCGGCUCGGACUAGGAGCCAAAACAAGGCCGGGCCUAUCCAAGAGCCCAGUCAGGCACCCCCUCGAAAGGAGCCCGAGCCAGGAUGUAGGAAAGAGGUGGUGGAGGUUCCGGAGGAAGAGGAAGAGGAUGACGACGAAGAGGAUGAGAGGCUCCGACAAGAGGAGGAUCAGCGGGCGGAGCUGAGGGCCAAAAAAAUGGGAGCCCGAGAGGAAGCCGAGCCAAGCCUACCCGACAGCGUACCUAAGAGGAAGAAGUACGCGGUCCGGAUGGAGGAAGGUUUUGAUAUGGAGCGGAUGGUGGACAAGCUCCUGGAAGGCCAUAAUGACUUGAUGAACCUGAAGGAUAUCCUGGCGUCGGCGCCAAGGCUCGGUGGGGAAUUGAAAGGGCGACUCUCGCGAAGAUUGGUGCCAAAUGUCCAUCUGAGUACGGUCAUGCCCAGGGAGGUGGAGUGGACUGAGGCAGGGACAAGGAUGGAUUGGAAAUGUGUGGCGUGCGGGCAGGUGGAUCUGGUGAUAAAGAACCAGAAGUGCACUGGGAUGGUGGACACGGGCGCAGAAAUGAAUAUCAUCAGGGAGAAGGAGGCGGUGAUGAUAGGCAUGGAGAUCGACCGCUCAGACCAUGACAUGCUGCAUGGCGCCAACUGCAAGGCCGCUUUUUGCGGCACGACGUCUAAUGUGAUUAUAGAAAUUGGGAAGGUGCGAGCCAGGACGUGCUUCUUCGUCAUGCCCGAUGUCGAUCAUCCCAUCCUUCUAGGAAGGUCGUUCCUGUGUCGAACGGAGAUGUUGAUUUUUAAUAAGCACGACGGGACGAUGAUCCUGCUCCUAUGCGACCCAGCGUGCGGGAACUACGAAGUUGUCACCUGCCGAAACACGGGGCCGGGGAGUGGGAGGAACAGGCCUAAUCUCGGCUCAUUCACCUUCGAGGAAUCGGAGAACGAGCGAAGACGGCUUUGGGAAGUGCCCGAGGAGGAGGAUAAGGCUGAGGUGUUGACAUUGAGCCUCACAAAUGUGAAUAAGGCCAUGGAGGUGGUGUCGGCUCAUGACAUGGCGGAUCCGAAGGCCAUUAAGGCAUUGAGGGAGCAGGCUUUGGAGAACCCUCAAGUGGAAGAGGUGGAGUUGGUGUAUCGGCUUCCAGGAGGGGGAGGAGGCCCUGCAAUGGCCCAGGCCCGAACGACAAAUAAGAAGUGUCGCCCAGUUCUCGUGCUCGUCGCGGAGGAUGAGGAAGCCUACUACGAGCGGGAAYGAGGAUUGAUACGGCGYAUGCGGGAGCACGCGUUGGYCGGGCCGKGSYGUAUCAACGACGAGAAUGAGGGGAAGUUGAUAAUCGGGGAGCCCGACUUCCUGUCGCCCCAGGAGAGAGCGUUGAUGGUGGGACUGAUGAAGAAAAAGCACCGUGCGUAUGGGUUCAAUGACGACGAGCGUGGGAAGCUGGAUGUGGAUAAGAUUCCGAUGAUACGAAUCCACACUGUUCCACACGAGCCAUGGAAUCUAAGGGGCGCACGAUACCCAAAUCCGGAUGAGGAGAAGUAUGUGGUGGACUACCUAGACGGCAAGAUGCGGACGCACGUGGCCGACUAUUCCAGUGGACCGUACGCGUCGCCUUGGUUUUGUUUUAUUAAACCAAAUGAGACGCUGAGGUGGGUGCAGGACUUGCAGCGGUUAAAUGCGGUGACAGUGCGGGAUGUGGGAGGGUUGCCGAACGCGGACGCGCUGUCAGAGUCGUGCGCAGGGAGGCCUAUAAUCUCGCUUAUAGACCUCUACUCUAGGUACGACCAAUUCCCUGUAUACCAGCCAGACAGGCCCGUUGUCAGGCGGCCACAAGUAGUGCGCCGCCUGAAAACGGCAGUUUAGGGGUUUAGGCUCAGGGUUAAGUCCGCGUUUUGACAGUGCUUUGGGAUGACCGGGCUGCAGGAAUUAUGAGAACUCAGGGUACCCCUGAUUCUGCACGCACUAGAUUUUAAGAGUAACCC